CUCCAUUGUUGACUGUUUCUUUCGCAACCCGGCCGUCCAUAAGAUCCGGGAUCGCACAACUCGAAUACCACAGCUAAAAAAUCCCACUUCUCUCUUUUGUUUUCUGUUUUUGAUUCACCUAUGCUUUCUUUUUCCACAUGAUCGACGCCAUUUCUCCACCGCUCCCAACCUCCACGCCGGGCGCCGGAAGGUUCCGUAUCCCGAAUCGCCGCUCGGUUCGCUUCUUUAACUUGGGGUUUCCGCUGUGGACCCGGAAACUGAACUGGCUAUACCAUGAGCGGAUGCAGAUGUCGUGGGUUCGGAGCAUGAGCGGCGGUUGCUUCAAGAGCAUGGAGCCGCCUCCUAAACCGGGGAUCAAAAUCGAAGAAGACAGUGGCGAACAAGACGUUUUCAACGCCGACGCCAUGGGCUCCAAGGUUUCGCCCGAACAUCUUGUCAUUAUGGUCAAUGGCCUCGUUGGAAGUGCUGCUGAUUGGAGAUUUGCUGCUGAACAGUUUGUGAAGAAGCUCCCAGACAAAGUAACAGUACAUCGCAGUCAAUGCAACUACUCAAAAUUGACAUUUGAUGGUGUUGAUAUGAUGGGUGAAAGGCUAGCUCAAGAGAUAUUAGGUGUUGUGGAACUUAGGCCAGAUGUACGGAAGAUAUCUUUCGUGGCUCACUCUUUAGGUGGUCUUGUUGCAAGAUAUGCUAUAGGGAGGCUCUAUGAGCAUUCUUCAAAGUUGGGUCAAUCAGGUCAUGUGAACUCUUUAAAUUUUAGGGACACAAUUUCUUCAAUUCAAUACCUUCAGCAGCAUUGUCAAGACAGAAUUGCUGGACUGGAACCAAUGAAUUUUAUAACGUUUGCAACACCACAUCUCGGUUCAAGGGGACAUAAACAGCUUCCGCUUCUUGGUGGUCUUCCUUUUCUUGAGGAAAGAGCAUCUCAGACUGCACACUUGGUUGUUGGAAGGUCUGGAAAGCAUCUAUUUCUCACCGACAAUGAUGAGGGAAAACUCCCUCUUCUUCUGAGGAUGGUUGAUGAUGGUGAUGACCUGAAAUUCAUAUCAGCAUUACGUGCAUUUAAGCGACGUGUGGCAUAUGCAAAUGCAAACUACGACCAUGUGGUUGGUUGGAGAACAUCAUCAAUCCGGCGUCAGAAUGAACUUCCAGAGUCAAAUCUUCUUGUAAUAGAUGAGAAGUAUCCACAUGUUGUAUAUAUUGAGAGGGAAACUACAAAGAAGAUCCAAAACCAAGGUUUCCGUAUUGCUGGAGCCCUAACAACUGAUAUUGAAGAGGUGAUGAUUCAAGGCCUCACUCAAGUACCCUGGGAACGUGUUGAUGUAAGCUUUCAAAAAAGUAAACAGCGAUACGUUGCGCAUAAUACGAUUCAGGUAAAGAGCUACUGGUUCAAUUCUGAUGGAAGAGAUGUCGUUUUCCAUAUGAUCGACCAUUUCCUAAUCUAAUCCCGGAAGCUGUGGUGUCUGCGGCUUCCGGUACUUUAUCAACAGGUGAGCUCACUUAUUAUUAUUGUGCAAUAUGCUCAGUCGUCCCACAUGAGAAUGAACGUUGUGGACCUGUGGUGUAUUUGUUCUAUUGGUGUGGAAACAUUGUCAAUAUUGUAAAGUCUCGUGACCUGUCCAUAUAAGUUCCUUUCUCUUGUUUCUUUCAUA